GGGGAGGAGCCGGCGGAGCGGCUGCGGGAGUUGCUGGGAGUGCGCGCGGUGGGAUCACAAGCCGGCGGCGGAGGCCCAGAGACGCGAGCGAGGGGACCUCGGCCGGCGGCCUACACAGAUCCGUCUCUCCACUGGAGGACCAGGGAACCGCAGUCUUCAUCACAGAGGUACCGUGCUCCGCGCUCCCCGCCCGGCCCUGCCCAGCCUGCUGUGGCGGCGCCUGCUUCCUUCCUCCUUCCCUCGCUCUCUCUCUUGCCCGCCCGCGCCUUCCCUGUCUGCCUGCGUCACCGCGGCCGCCAUGGCUGAGAACGGCGAGAGCAGCGGCCCCCCGCGCCCCUCCCGUGGCCCUGCUGCAGCCCAAGGCCCUGCUUCUGCUCCGGCCGAGCCCAAAAUCAUCAAAGUCACUGUGAAGACCCCCAAAGAGAAAGAGGAGUUCGCGGUGCCCGAGAAUAGCUCAGUUCAACAGUUUAAGGAAGCGAUUUCGAAACGCUUCAAAUCCCAAACCGAUCAGCUAGUGCUGAUUUUUGCCGGAAAAAUCUUAAAAGAUCAAGAUACCUUGAUCCAGCACGGCAUCCAUGAUGGACUGACUGUUCACCUUGUCAUCAAAAGCCAGAACCGACCUCAGGCCCAGUCCACACAGCCUAGUAAUGCCGCGGGAACUAAUACUACCUCCGCGUCGACUCCCAGGAAUAACUCUACACCUAUUUCCACAAAUAGUAACCCGUUUGGUUUGGGGAGCUUGGGAGGACUUGCAGGCCUUAGCAGCCUGGGCUUGAGCUCCACCAACUUCUCUGAGCUCCAGAACCAGAUGCAGCAGCAGCUUCUGUCCAGCCCUGAGAUGAUGAUACAAAUCAUGGAAAAUCCCUUUGUUCAGAGCAUGCUUUCGAAUCCCGAUCUAAUGAGGCAGCUCAUUAUGGCCAAUCCACAGAUGCAACAAUUGAUUCAGAGAAACCCAGAAAUCAGUCACCUGCUCAACAACCCAGAUAUAAUGAGGCAGACCCUGGAAAUCGCCAGGAAUCCAGCCAUGAUGCAAGAGAUGAUGAGAAAUCAGGACCUGGCUCUCAGCAAUCUCGAAAGCAUCCCAGGUGGCUACAAUGCCUUACGGCGCAUGUACACUGACAUUCAAGAACCCAUGCUGAAUGCCGCACAAGAGCAGUUUGGGGGUAAUCCGUUUGCCUCGGUGGGGAGCAGUUCUUCCUCCGGAGAAGGCACGCAGCCUUCUCGCACAGAAAAUCGAGAUCCACUACCCAAUCCAUGGGCGCCACCACCGGCUACCCAGAGUUCUGCAACCACCAGCACAACGAUGAGCAGUGGCAGUGGCAGUGGCAGUGGGUCUGGCAGUAGCUCCACCGGUGCUACCGGGAACACCAUGGCUGCAGCCAAUUAUGUCGCCAGCAUCUUCAGUACCCCGGGAAUGCAGAGCUUGCUGCAACAGAUAACUGAAAACCCCCAGCUGAUCCAGAAUAUGCUGUCCGCGCCCUACAUGAGAAGCAUGAUGCAGUCGCUGAGCCAGAAUCCAGAUUUGGCUGCACAGAUGAUGCUGAGUAGCCCAGUGUUCACUGCAAAUCCUCAGCUGCAGGAGCAGAUGCGUCCACAGCUCCCGGCUUUCCUGCAGCAGAUGCAGAAUCCAGACACACUCUCAGCUAUGUCAAACCCAAGAGCAAUGCAGGCUUUAAUGCAGAUCCAGCAGGGGCUACAAACAUUAGCCACUGAAGCGCCUGGCCUCAUUCCAAGCUUCACUCCAGGUGUGGGGGUGGGGGUUCUGGGAACUGCUAUAGGCCCUGUAGGCCCAGUCACACCCAUAGGCCCCAUAGGCCCCAUAGUCCCGUUUACCCCCAUAGGCCCUAUUGGGCCCAUAGGACCCACUGGCCCUGCAGGUCCCCCUGGCUCCACUGGCUCCAGCGGCCCCCCUGGGCCCACCAUAUCUAGUUCUGCACCCCGUGAGACCACAAGCCCAACAUCAGAAUCUGGACCCAACCAGCAGUUCAUUCAGCAAAUGGUGCAGGCUCUGGCUGGAGUAAAUCCUCCACAGCUGCCGAAUCCAGAAGUCAGAUUUCAGCAACAACUGGAACAGCUCAACGCAAUGGGGUUCUUAAACCGUGAAGCAAACUUGCAGGCUCUAAUAGCAACAGGAGGCGACAUCAAUGCAGCCAUUGAGAGGCUGCUGGGCUCCCAGCCAUCUUAAUCACAUUUCUGUACCUUGAAAAAAUGUAUCUUAUUUUUGAUAAUGGCUCUUAAAUCUUUAAACACACAAAAAAAUUGUGCUUUACUUUCAUUUUGAUUCUUUUACAUCUGUCUAGUUAUGAAUCUAAUAUGCAUUUUAAGAUGGAAUCCAUCCCUCCCUCUCUCUCUCCCUCCCUCUUUGUUUCUUUCCCUCCCUCCUUCCUUCUUUGUUUCCUUC